UGUUUUGUUUUGCUUGAGUAAAAAAAAUACCGGUGUUGUUUUCAUUUAAACGAUUAUAUUAUGAGCAUUAAGGUGUAUUUACCAUUCAACUAUUAUUACCUCAAGAAGCCCACGGAUUUGUACGGCCAAGUGCAAAUAAAUGAAGACAAUGUCGUGGCUUAUUACGUUCUGGAAGCCUUAGAUUUGGAGUUUCGCGACAAGGCCAUAAAUCAUGAUUCCAGCAAUAUGCGUUUCUUGGGUUCUAUUCUAAACGUGGACUUCAAUGCAGAUCAAAAUCAGUAUCUCAAGUUCAAUAUGCGACUGUGUUUCACAUACAAUAGCAGCCAGGCAAAUAUAAGCCUAGUUUACACCGGUAUUACCCCAGAAUAUCUCAAGCACAUAAAGCUUAUUCUCUAUGAAAAACCAAUGAUACGAAAUCUGUUUAUUGGCGGGGAAUCUGUAAGUAACCGAUCUAUAGAAUAUGGUGAAUACGAUAGCAAUGAUUGCGACUUUAUCGAGCUGUCCAGGCUGACACAAUCCACAGUUGGGAUUCAAAAUAACCCAAAGAACCAUGCCAAAAAGACUGUCCUGUAUGUUCUAACUCUCAUCGCCGACUCUCCAAUAACAAUAUUCAAAUAUAUUGUUGAAAAUGUGUUUGUCAACAGCAUAAUGGUUCAUACUAGUAUCUACAAGCAUUUCAAGGAGUGGCAGAAGACAUAUGAUGAGCGAUCUCGUCCGGCAAAUAUAGCACUUGACAGAAUAUUGGGGAUCAUAUUGAUGUUAAUACUCUUUUCCUUAGCGACACAGCCGGGAGACUUUCUUAUACAAAUAUCCCACUACGUUAUUGACGAACUAUACAGCCUUUUAAAAGUUUUGGAGGGCAGUCCUAUUGGUCUCAAGCUAAAUAUACAUUUGAAUAAUUUCUUUCUCGACUGCUUUAAAUAUCAUAUUGAAUUGUGGUCGACAUUUUUGGAUUUCAUAGAACCUUUAGUGCGACAAGUUUUCUUGGCCAUUGGAGCAUUUGGAUGCUUGGGUCUUACAUUCCAGAUAGCGCUACUAGUGGACCUAAUAUCCAUAAUCGGGUUACAUUCGCAUUGCUUCUAUAUUUAUACCAAAGUGCUCUACAAUGUGGAAAGAAAAGGACUUUCGGUGCUAUGGCAAGUGGUUCGAGGGAACCGGUACAAUAUUUUAAAAGGUCGCACUGAGUCUCAUAAUUAUAUGAAUCGCCAAUUAUAUCUAGCAACAAUAUUUUUCUCCGCCAUUCUGUUUUUAUUUCCCACUACCCUCGUCUACUAUAUAGUUUUUGCUGCUCUGAAGGCGCUUACUUUUGCAACUCUUAGCAUUUUUGAGUUUGUACGAAGACAAAUUUUGAGUCUACCGAUUGAAGGGUGUAUGAAGCGGGUUUUAAAAGGAUGCAAUGAUAUAGAUUGUCUUCAAAUCAAGGAUGUUUCACCUCAAGAAAGGGCUUUCCUACUACAUAAAAAUCAGAAAAUCAGCGUGACCGUAUACAAAAUAACAGCUUUAUGAACAAGCCAAAGACAUAAUAUUAAAUAAAAUGACAAACAAAAUGUAAAAAUGUAAUAU